AGGCGGCGGAAGCGGCGGGCGCGGCCCGGAAGAGGCGCAGCCGGAGCGCAGCGACCAUGGCCGAGACCGACCCCAAGAGCGUCCAGGACCUGACGGCCGUGGUGCAGACACUGCUGCAGCAAAUGCAGGACAAAUUUCAGACCAUGUCUGACCAAAUCAUCGGAAGAAUCGAUGACAUGAGCUGUCGCAUCGAUGACCUGGAGAAGAACAUCGCUGACCUCAUGACACAGGCUGGGGUGGAGGAGCUGGAGGGGGAGAACAAGACCCCAGCCCCCAACAAGAGCUAAAGUUGCCAAUGCCUCAAGAUGAAUCUUGGAAGUUGACUUUUUCUUUUUUCUACAAAUCCUUGGAAUUACAGAAUGGCUUUUUGCAACUCCUGUGUGUAAAAGCAUUUUUAUAUUGUUACAGAGCUUGCAUUCCUAAUGUACAUUGUAUAGUUGGGGUAGGGUAGUUUAUAUUUUGAUUUGUGUACUGUAAUUUCACUUUUUGAAUUCUUGUUAUGAGGAUCAAUUGGUUGUGUUAUUAAAACACAGAUCUUAUGGAUCUCAACUACUGGGUGCAUUUUUUUGUGAAGUCACUUUUUUCUCUUUCCUGUACUUUUCUAAAUGUUUCAUGUUUGAUAGCUCAGCAUUUAGUGACUCUCAUGAAAUGGGAACCUUGCCUUGUCCUGUGUGACUUUGUGGAGUGAAGCACAAGAUUGAAACUUAGCAUAAGUCUUAGUUCUAAGCAUCAAGCACUCACUAGUUGGGGUUUAUGUGUUGGUUUUUCAUACCUGUAAUAAGGUGGUUCUGGAAACACGAGCCACUGAACAUCAAAAUCAUCUCUCCUACUCCUGGUAUUACCUGAGCUGUGUGUUCCUGGAACAUAAACCAGAAAUACGGAUUUACCAUCUGUGCACAGCUGAGCAACCACUGCCACUCACAUCUGGGACAUCUGGGCAGACAAGGAACUCUUAACUAUGAACAAUCUCACUAUGGGAUUGAAGUUUUUUAACACUCCACUUUGUCCCUGUGCCCUUUGGCAUCACCUUUGAACAGUAACUGUGAUCGAAAUGGUGAUGCUGGACAGAACAGGACAGUGUUUUUAGAGUGUCUGCACGUGGGCUUUCAGUUUAAAUCACUGGCUCCUUGGACAAAACAGUUCAGUAGCAAAGCAGUUAUAUAUUGGACAAAAAGGAGAGAAUCCAGUUAGAUUUUUAAAGCCUUGCUUCUCUUCAAAAAACUUGAUUUGGAGAAGUGUUUGCUUUUCUAUCGUAUCCACAUUUAUGGGCCUGCAGUUUAAUGGGUUACAUUAGAGUGUUUGGGCAAUGAGAAGUGUAUUUGGGGGAGUCUGUACUGUGUCACUUGUGAAGAAAAAUGACCCAUGUCAGCCAUUCCUGACAAUCAUUGCAUUGCUCCUCCAGCUUCAACCCCAAAUUUCGUCAAGCAGUGGUGGCAGUCAGCAGUUGCAUGUGGGCCACACUUAAAUUGCUCUUUUAAUGCCACCAAAUUAGCACCUCUGUGCUGUGAGGGCAAAAUGACAGGUCAUUUUUCCAAACUGAGGGGAAAUUGUAAUAAAAGGUCAUAAUAACAGGGAAAUUUUGUGAACAUAAGAAAUGUAUCAAUAUACCUUGUAAUACCAGCCUUAGGUUCUUUGUAAUGUCAUUGAAAAAUCUAAUAAACUGUUGUGUGGUAA